AUGAAUGGCUUCAUAUCACCUAACAUUUUUGCAGUUUUAGCAAAUGACUCUGAAGACGACCAACAAAGCGAGGCGUCUGAGACAAAGACCGAAAUUUCUAAAGAUACUUAUGUAAAUGGUUGUACAAAAAGAUCAAAGCCAGAUUAUGAAAGCAAUAGAAGUUGGGAAUCGUAUUCAAAGAAGCAAAGGAUUAAAAUCAAUACGGAACGAAGCACCCGUAACGAUAAUGACAAGAAAUUGACUGCUAAUCCAAUUUCAACCAAUCGUCUCAUUCCACCAGUUCCGGAUACCAAUACAUCAACUACUCUACCUUCCCAAGAAGACCAUUUUGGAAAGCAAAUUCAUGAAAACUUAAAGUUUUCAAUGGGUCAACGACCUUCAUCCUUUGGUGAUUCUUUCAAUACUUUUGUUAGAUUCAAAAAUCCAAUCUCACUUAUAGUAAAACGUUGUUAUCGGAUUUAUGAAUUUGUUACCAAAGGAACAGAUAACUCGGCUCAUUACUUUGGAAAUGCGGAUGAUAACACCUGCCCCAACACCAUCUGUCAACGCUGCUCGUUACUCGAUAGAUGUGACAUCAAUAUUAACCGUCAUUCUACAAUACCCCUGACUCCGCUCAAAGAAAAUAAAAUAACGAGUAGACGCUCUAAACAAUACUCUAAAAGAAAUGUUGAAAUUUUCGGGGAACAACUGGACCCAUCGGACCUUCUUAAAGGUUAUAACAAUCCUAAAAGCGAUAGCGUUAAUAACUCCAUACCUCGCAACGGUCCUACAUUGUUUAUAUCUUUUGGAUGCUCGGAAAUUAAAUAUUCCAUUGAAGAGUUUUACAAAUUUGGAUUCCAUCCCAUAUACAAAUCAUUUGCCAAAUAUACUAAUGUAGAAAUCUUGCGUAAAUUUGUUCUUAAUUGUGCUGUCAAUUGCUGGGCCAAUGCAUGGAGAAUUGUCGUUGUCAUUUUAUCUAAUUCCAAUAUUAAUAUUGAUUAUAUCUCUCUCUUUGUUAAAGAACUUCGAAAUGUGUGUGAUCAACUUGUUUUAGAUAUUAUAGUCAUCCACACAUUUCUUGGUUGUGUGGGUACUGAAAAAGACAAACGAUUUAUAGAGAAAUCGGGUACAAGUGCUGUAAUUUAUAGACAUGCCGAUUUUGAUCUAUAUUUAUUGCAAGAUUCAUUAAAUUAUUUCGGUGAACCAUACUACGAAUUUACAAAUUUUUUUCUUGUUCCUGUUAAAAUCGAUGAUCUGGAUUGGCCGUCUACCGAAAAUUAUUUUCAAGCUCAAAAAUUUCAUAAUCGCUAUCUCCAAGAAACAAUUCGUAAAGCGUGGUCUGCACGAGAAGCAUUUGUUAUUGCUCGACGUAACGAUUGCUAUAAACGACGUGAUUGGGAGGAAUAUCAGGCCCCUAAAGGAAUUUUCAAGGAAUGCGUAAUGAGAAAAGCUUUACUUGCAAAAUUCCGCCAGCAUGAAAAAUUGAAAUACAAAUUAUUAUCAACAAGUACUGCCUUAUUAUAUGAACAUACUGAAAAUGAUAAAUAUUGGGGUGAUGGUGGUAAAUUUGGAAAGGGUCUCAAUAGAUUGGGUUAUUUUUUAAUGGAUGUACGAAAUCAAUUAAUGCAAGAUGAAAUCGAUCUGCUGGCGUAUGAAUAUAUAGGGCAUAAUGAGAAAUGGAUUAUGAAUGAAUUGAGAGAAUUGAACAAGCUUGGUUAA